AUGAUGCCCCACGGCGCCUACGAGGACGGCGAGCUGGAGAUCUCGCUCGCUCCUUCUGCCAACCGCCGAGCCCAGAACAAGCCGCCCGAUGCCAGCACUCGCCGCGACCAGAAUGGCAGCAAGCACCGAUCCGUUGAGCCUGCUCCGCAGAAGAAGGCCGAGCAGCGUGUCGGCGCCUACCACAUCGUCAAGACCCUCGGCGAGGGCUCCUUUGGCAAGGUCAAGCUGGCCGUGCACCGCGUGACGAACCAGCAGGUUGCCCUGAAGAUCAUUGCGAGGAAGAAGCUCAUCAGCCGGGACAUGGCCGGCCGGGUCGAGCGGGAAAUCGAGUACCUGCAGCUCCUCAGACACCCGCACAUCAUCAAGCUAUACACGGUGAUCAAGACCCCGCAGGAAAUCAUCAUGGUCCUGGAGUACGCGGGCGGCGAGCUCUUCGACUAUAUCGUACAGAACGGCAAGAUGAGGGAGGAUGAAGCUCGGAGAUUCUUCCAGCAGAUCAUAUGUGCGGUCGAGUACUGCCACAGACACAAGAUCGUCCACCGCGAUCUCAAGCCCGAGAACCUGCUCCUCGACGAGAACUUGAAUGUCAAGAUUGCCGACUUCGGUCUCAGCAACAUCAUGACUGAUGGUAACUUCCUCAAGACCAGCUGUGGUAGUCCCAACUAUGCUGCACCCGAGGUCAUCAACGGUAAGCUAUAUGCUGGCCCGGAGGUUGACGUCUGGAGUUGUGGGGUCAUCUUGUAUGUGCUGCUCGUGGGAAGACUGCCCUUCGACGAUGAGCAUAUCCCUUCCCUGUUUGCGAAGAUUGCCAAGGGCCAAUAUGUGGUUCCGAACUACAUGAGCUCUGGAGCUGCCUCGCUCAUCAAGAAGAUGUUGGCUGUCAACCCCGUCCACCGCAUCACCGUCGAGGAGAUCCGCUUGGACCCCUGGUUCGUCAAGAACCUGCCUGCGUAUCUGCAGCCGCCGGUGGAAGAGUUCAUCGAUACUGGGGUCGACCCUACUAAGGCCAUCAAUCCCAAGACAAUUGCACCUCACGCGAGUCCUGCGAUCCAGGAGAAGCUGCAUGACCAGGUCACGGAGAAGAUCAGCAAGACAAUGGGAUAUGGUAUCAAGGACGUUCAAGAGGCAUUGGCUUCGGAAGAACCAUCUGCGAUCAAGGAUGCUUAUUUGAUUGUCAGAGAGAAUAAGUUGAUGCAAGCUAACCCAAACCUUGCGGAUGACAAAGGCCAACUUCUCUUCCAAGCUGCUUCUCCCCCACCCCCGCACGCCGGUCUCAAACCUGACGGCUCAAUGUCUUCACCACCUCCACCGGACGCGCAGGCUUCGGCCGAUGCUCCUGACCGACAACCACGACCAAGUCCCCGUGUAGACGCGGUCUCCCCACGCUCUACCAGCUCGGCUGGAACUGACAGAUCUACGCGUCCCUACAUCAGCAAGAUCGGUAUCCUUCCUAGCAGUCUCACACCUUAUCAUCGAGACUACAUGGAGCGUAGACGAUUGGGAAAGACCGUGGACAGCCCCUUGUCAACAGCUCAUUCGGAAGAUAAUGAACCGCACCCCCAAACCGAUGCUGAGAAGGCUGAGACCGCUCGCCGACUCAACCCUCAUUCCAAGAGUCAGCUCAAGCUUGACGAAGCCAGCAAGAGACCAGCCGGUAUGACGCCAGUUCCCCAAAAGAAGGCAAAGCCGACAAAAUGGCAAUUUGGUAUCCGAUCGCGUAACCAGCCGCUGGAGGCCAUUGGCUGCAUCUAUAGGGCUCUACAGAAGCUAGGUGCCGAAUGGGUUGUCGAUGAGGGUUGGGAGGCUUCUCGCCAGGGGUCACAUGAGGAUGAGGAAAACAAGGAUGGCAGCUUUGUCUCGAGCCACAGUGGCGCUUCCCUUCACCACGCCAAUUCCAUGAACCCUGAUAGAUCUGGAAGCAACCUCCAAUUCCGCGCCGUGGACCCAAAUACUCAGUACAAGCUGCCUGCAGACCCGUGGGUUCUUCGUGUUCGCUGGAAGAAGGACGGCAUGUAUCCUCCUGGAACCGUUCCUCCUGGAUCGACCCACUCAUCGACAAUUGACCUCCGACGCCAAUCGAUUGGUUCUCUUAGUAGCGCUGGCGGUUCCCUUCCGAAUCAAGAGGCCUCCACUCCUAAAUCCUCCAAACCCGACCCGGUUGAGAGCGUCAUCAUGCACCUUGAUAUCCAACUCUACGAGAUGGAGCCUGGUGUGUAUUUGGUGGAUUUCAAGUGUGCUGGCUAUGAGACUCCGGAUGGCAUGUUGGUCGAGGAAAAGGAUGUUACAUCUCCCUUCCCCUUCUUGGACUUGGCUUCGAAGUUGAUCAUUCAACUUGCCGAGGCUGACUGA